CGGGCCCGGCUGCCGGCGCCCCUCGGGCCGGGAGGGCCGGGGAGGGGCUCCCACUCACAAAAUGGCGAAGGCAGGCGGCGGGGCCGGCCAUUGUGCCCGGAGCCGGCCUCGGGGCGGGGACCGGGAGGGGGCGCCUCCGGCGGGCGCGGCUCGGCCCCGGGGGGCUGCACCUCUGAGCCCCGCGGCUCGGCCUCGUCCCCGCCGCGACCCCCUGCCCGCCGUCCUCGCAGCGAGUGUGGGAUCCCGAAACCGUGGAACAAAAUGGCGAAACCUAAUAUGGCCGUUCGGAGUGAUCGACGCCCAAAUAACCUCUCUUUCUCUGUGUCUCUCUCUCUCUCUCUCUGUGUCUUUUGUGUUUCUUUUUUCUCCCCUGCACCCCUCACCCACUUUUUCAGACCGAGUGUGUCAGCAGCCAGGACUUUCUCUCUGGGUCCCCUUCCAAAACGCAGCCACCGCCGUCACCAACCUCUACAAAGAAAGCGUGGAUACUCAUCAGCGAAGUUUUGAUAUUGGAAUUCAGAUUGGCUAUCAACGACGCAAUAAGGAUGUGUUGGCUUGGGUUAAAAAGCGCAGAAGAACUAUUCGUAGAGAAGAUUUGAUCAGCUUCCUGUGUGGGAAAGUUCCUCCACCACGAAACUCUAGAGCUCCCCCAAGACUGACUGUAGUGUCCCCUAACCGAGCUACUUCAACGGAAACUAGCUCAUCUGUAGAGACUGAUUUGCAACCCUUCCGGGAAGCCAUAGCUCUGCAUGGUCUUAGUGGUGCAAUGGCUAGUAUAAGCGUGCGUUCGAGUACCCCAGGCUCUCCUACACAUGUAAGCAGUGGAUCGAAUGCUAGUCGAAGGAGAAAUGGACUCCAUGAUGUCGAUUUGAACACUUUCAUAUCAGAAGAAAUGGCACUCCACUUGGACAAUGGUGGAACUAGAAAGCGUACCUCAGCCCAGUGUGGCGAUGUCAUUACAGACUCACCAACCCAUAAACGCAACAGAAUGAUCUAAACUACAGACAUUUUCACACCCACCAUGCUGCUUGAAAGCCACUCGAUCCUCCACAUAUACUCUUAUUGCAAAGGAAACAUGAGGCCAUCUUCCCUUGUUCACUGUUUAAGACAAGUGAAUUCUAUAGUGGUUGCCAUAAAAGGAAGCUCUAGGUAUUUACAGUAGAUGCCUCUUGUAACCAUGGCUUUCUUAAAACUAUAAUCCUAGCAGAGGACAUCAGACAUCGUGUAGUCAUUAGCAAGAUCAUCAUAGGCAAACAUAUUAUCCGUUCCAAGGCUAAAAGUGACCUUAACUGUAUUUAUUCUCAAAGGGAAAGGAACUAUCAGAUGUUAUUUGGUUAUAUAGAAUGCUUCCCCCACCCCCUCCCACCCCCACUCCCCUUCUUCUUCUUUUUGGUCCAUUUCCUGCUGCGUUGAGUAUUUUGCUUCAACAGUAUUGCCAGGUUCCUAAAAUGAUCUCAGACCCACGAUUUGGCUUCCUCGUCAAAUCUGCAGGCUUCCAGUUUUUGCAGCGGCCCUGUACCGUGCACCUGGUCUCUCUGUAGUCCACAGUGUGCAACUUCUAAUGAUGGGACUGUGCCCUGGUUUUAGUUUUCCAAGCAGUUUCUGAUUCUGGUGAUUGUGUGAUGUAAAGAGGUGCUAUGAUGGUCAUGCAAUUAAUACUUAAUAUUGAAUCAAUACACAGACCUUUAUUGGAUUCACUUUGUGUGUGUUAGCGCUCUAAAAGUAGCAAUAUGAUUAUUAAAGUGCCCCCCCCCCCCCCGAUUGACCCCGUAGGCUUAAAAUACUCCUGUUUUAAGACAAGUACUACUUCCCACGCAGGGUACUGUUCCUUACGGUAAAUGUAAACUUGUAGACUGCAUUCAAGGGGGACCUACAGUAGUGAGGUCAUGAACUUGGAGGAUGGGCUUCCUUUUUGGCUCAGCAUUAGCGAGAGGGAGUUGGAUGGUGGGGGAGGGUAGGUAUUCCAGUCUCUCGUGUCCUUUUCUAUCUACAUUUUUCACGAAUGCCCUACUUUGUGCAGUUUUCCAUUGGAGUUGGUGGAAGAUAAAGGUCUUCGAUCUGCCAAUAAUGUGAUCGCAACUUAAGUAGCAACCCCCCCACUCUCCAGUCCCCCCUCCCCUAAAGAGUGCAGUUUGGAAUCUCAUUCUGGAAAAGAUGGAAUCGCAUGGAGGCUUCUCUAGAUGUUAGUUAGACCUAAAUAAAAGUUCUGAGUAGAUUCCUCUUUUGGUCCCUUAUAAGACCUCUUGUAGCCACAAUGUUUUAGAGCAUGCUUCACCUUCAUUUUUAAUAUCUUGAACUGAAUGAUAGUCUUUUUUAGAUGAAGAACUGAUGUCAGCCUGCCAGGUACUGUAAUUUAUUCUAUCAUAUUAUUAUGUUAUAUAUCAAGUAGGACAGUGAAAAUGUUUCCUUGCAAACUUGUAGUCCAGUAUCAGUUAACUUCCUGUUUUUAUCCUUAAAAGACCACUGCAAAUCAGUGGGUUUUUCCAGUAAUUACUCACAGCACUUUGUUAAAGUUUGCAAUUCCUUCAGCCAUUUAAUAAUAUCUUUCUGUGAAGAAACUUUGCUAAGUUAACCAUAAUAUUCAUGGACUGGGUGGGAGGUGAAUGGAAUGUUAGAAAUGUUCUGUAUUCAUAUAGAUAUAGCCCUAUUUAAAACAAAAAAAAAACCCCAACAGAACAAAAGUCAAUUCCAUAGUAAAACUUAGGACUGAAAGUGAGGUAUUUGAAAAUUUUUGCAAAAAGUGGAUCAUUCUUUUUUGUUUGAAUAUAAUAGCAGGAAGAAUUAUACCUGAAACAGACGAGCCUGUGUAUUAGGAAUACUUUUAAGCUUCCCUUUGGAAUAUGCCCAGAAAUGCAUUUGGAGUUACCAUUGUUUUUUUUUUUUUCCCCAUCGUUGUAAAUUUAGAUUCUGGAAUUGGCGUUUGGUGUGGUGUGAAGCGUAGCUCACAAGUGGCCAGACCCCCUCUUCCUGAAGGAUUUUGAGAUUGAGGAACGCCUGUAUAACCCUCCCUUUAUGCCUUGGUUCUCUAGUUCCUCCUUCCGAAGAAUAACAGGUUUUUUUAAAUUUUUUAUUUUUGGUUGUUUUUUGUUUUAGUUGGUGCUCUGACGCUGAAUCUCAGUACCCUUUACUCUCGAUUGUCAAAUUUUGAUAAAACAUGUGCCAUUUUCUUUGGUUAGAGAAAGCAGGUCUUAAUGUCUGCCAGAACACGAUUUAUAUGCCUUAUUGGCUCCAUUAAACUUUUUAAAAACUUUAGCAUUCGUUACUUUUUUCCACUGCAUUGAAUCUCAAAUGCGAUUUGUCAACCUCCUCGUAACUCCCCCCACCCCCGCUCUGUCUCCCCUGCUCUCUCCCGUGCCCCCUGAGCACAGAAUAACUCUUCACAUUUAGGAGUAGAAAGGGAAACGAUUUCUCUCUCAUAGGAAAACUUAGUUCUGACUGCUAGAAUUUUGAAGCCUUUGAUUGUGCCAUUUUAGAUGCAGACAAAUCAUGGAAGAUUGCAUAUUGUGUGGUACUUUUUAAAUGACAUUGAUUUUCUUUUUUUCAGUCUCUUGAGAACAGUGUAGGCUGAAUUUUAAAACUGAACGGUUUACUCUGUGGGAACAGAACCUCUCUUCAUCUUAAGCUAGAUCCUCGGAUUCUUUCAGACCUCAUGGCUCAUGAGACCUGUUGCUGUCGCCCUCACUUGGCAUGAGUGGGUUCAGCUCAUCCUUACUUACCCUGCAGUGUUCCGAGCAUGGCUGAAGCAUUCAAAACUUAAUUACAAUGUUUAGUAUUUUAUAGAGCAAAAUUAAUGGAAAGCAUUUGGCUGAACUAAAGACCCACAGUCAAAUUCUUCAAUGUGGUUUACCCAACUGGAGUCAUGGUACACACCUUAAAUCAUUCAAUGAAUAAAUAAUUUAAAAAUCCAAAAAACUAUGGGGCUUGUCUGCGGUUUUGUUUUGGUCACCACAUCCAAGUUAACUUUUUUGAUCGAGUCAAGUUCAGUCUUUUAGAAAAGAACCAGCCUUCCUACCAUUCCCCCCCCCCCCCCCCCCCCCCCCCCCCCCCCCGCCCCAGGGCUUUUGAGACCCAUUAAACUCGCACAGCUGUGUCUUCGGGCCUGAAGGGCUCCCUGCAGCAGUGAGAGCUGGGCUGGCUGGCUCCCCCUGUAGGUCGGGGAUGGGGGGUGGGGUGGCCAGGGCCUGACCGGGGCGGGGGUGUGGGGGGGUUGAGCCAGCCUCAGUGCAGUGAAGACACAAGAGGCCGAGGGAUGAUCUGGAAAUGGAGAGAGUGGGGACCUAGUUGGGAACAUGGGCCACAUAGUUAAUUUUAGAAAAUUGCCAUGAAUGAAUCACUAAAUUUUUGUCAUGAUUUUUUUUGAGGGGUAUUGUGACUAUGUCAGUAUACUUAUCUCAUUGCAUCAGAUUUCAUAUUGUUUGUUAGAGCUUGCCACUUCAUUAGAUGCAUGACUCAGGUGUCCAGUUGCAGGGUGGUGGGGAAUCUUCACAGAUGUAUUCCCGGACUCUAAGGGUCGCAGGGUGACUCGAAAGGUUCUGCCAGAAGAAGAAGUUUUACUUUACGGUUCAAAGAAACUGAAGAUUCAUCCCUUUAAUUGAGUUACAGGAGGUUGAUGUGGUCAGAUGCUCAUGGUACCCGCUCCCCCUGCCAUGAAAGCUGUUACGUUUCUGGUCAGUUCAGGUGACCUAACCUCAUGCUGGCCAGCUUGCAAGCGCCAUACUUCAGGGUUUCCGAGCUGUGUGAUGGUCGAGAGGGGACCGUAUUUUGAGAGAGGAGCAGGCCUUCGCGCCCAGGCUGGCCGUCCCGUCACUCCAUGUGUUGUACUGACGCAUUGGACUUCUUCCUACAAGACGUGCACCAUCUUCGCGGAGUUCAGCAGACGGCAGCCUUCGACACGCACAGGUUUGGAGGGUCCGACGCACAUCCUGUGACCCUUGGUAAAGCCGGGAAGUCUCACUGAUGCUGUUGCGAGUUUCCAGUGGCCUCUCAUUUCAGUUGUAUUGCAUUAAUGCUUUAAAAAAAGUUAAAACUCCCCCAAAUCCAGCCACACAGCCACUUAACCGUGUAUACACAUCUUUCUGUGCCAGAGUACGUAUGCGGAUACCUGAACAAAUAGCAUUAGCUUCUCAAAAUUGGUGCUGUGCAGUAGUGAAUAUUCUAGUUUCGUUAAGUUUCUGCAGGAUACGUUUCUGCAGGUAAAAUGGUUCAAAGGAAUUCAUAUUUAAAAUAUUAAUGGGUCCUACCAAAGGACCUUCUGCAAAGUGCUGGUUAAGGCUCACGCCAACACGGUUCUCCCAGCCCCUGAGCCAGCAUUGGGUAUCUGGACUAUUUGCAGGCAGGGGUGAUCUUACCAUUUUCAUUUGCUUUUUUGCCCCCUUGCAUGAAGGAAGAAUCUUUGCUUGAAAUCCCGUGGAUUUGAACGCUGGCUCCACCACUUACUAGGUGUGGGAACCUGGGUAAGUUUGCCUCCCUGGGCUGGUUUCAUCAUCUGUGAAAUGGGGUGUAUUAGGGGAAAAAACAAUGUGAAGCUCAGUGACUUGAAUUUCUUGGGUACUUUACAUCUACAUCUAUAAUCUGCCUCUCAUCAGUGGUACCUUGAGCACUCUGGAAUGUGGCUGAUAAUAUUUGCAAUGGCAUGUUAAGAAAAACGUAACACAUGGUUUGUUUUUUUUUUGUUUUUGAAAUGGCACACAAGUCGGGGAGGGGGAGGGAGGGGCUGGAGGAUCCAAGGAUCUGAAGCGGGCUCCUCACUGACAUCAGUGAACCCUGUGUGGGGCUCAAACUCAACGAACCAUGAGAUCAUGACUUGAGCUGAAGUCGGACACUCAACCAAAUGAGCCACCUGGGUGCUCCCAACACGUGCAUUUUUGUAAGGAAAAUUAAAAUGUCAGACCUUAGUAGAGAGGCUGUUUUAAUCUCUCCUCCCCAAAGGUAAAAGCUGAAUGGUUUUGGAGAGUACCUUCCUAGUAUUUGUGUUUUAUGUAUGUAACCAUUAAAAAUACGCACGCUGAUCGAUAGGUGUUUAGGAGUCAGUGUCGGGUAACCCACCUUGGGGACAUCAGUCGUGGGAAAUGAACUUGGGAUUUCCAGUCUUGGAAGUGGACUGAUUUCACCGUGUUCUGGUGCAGUUUGAAACCUGACAGCUUCAGGAGUCUUAGGUUUUAUCCAGCUUCAGCAGUGAGGAGCCUCAGCAGCCUGAAUACCAUGAGAAAGGUGGCCCUGGGGGGACUCGGGGCAGUCUGCCACCACCAGCGUUCCUGGCUGCCUUCAGCACCUGAGCCGGCAGACGGAUGUUUGAUCCAGAUGUCCUCUACACAUCCACCAAGGUAUGUGUCACUGUGACUUUGGGAUUCGAGGAAGAUUCUCAGACCAUCGGUUCUCUUUAGGGGUGGGGUGGUGGUUCCAGGGCUCAGAUACCUCGGGGGAUGGGGAAACACCUACCAAACUGUCCUUGAGUGCCGUGGGCAGAGGUUGGUGGCUUCCCCCAUCUCUUCUCUCAAGGCGAAGCUCCUGAUCACAGUGGUGAGGUUGGUUUCAAGGUGUAUCUAGAAAUCAACUACCAAGAAGUUCUGAUUUGGUGUUUGAGGCCUAGGUUGACAUAAACCUAUGGAAUCGUGUUCGCUUACACUUUUUAUUUGGUAUCUUAAGGCUUUUCUCUUGUCCAUUUUCCGUGUUUCUCUGAUGUUUUGGGCUGCGAUCCACAGUAUGAAAUACCCGUGGCAUCGAGACCUAGUGUGGAGACAUACACAUAACACACAGUAACCAAAAGAAGUUAGAGCGCUUCCUCUCUUUCCGUCCGGCGCACAGCACUUCACAGUUUCUCGCAGGUUCACGAAACAGAUUGUGGUGUGUGAUCCUACUACGUUGACUUCACAGCAGCUUGAAAACCAGGCUCUCUGGACAUCAGUGGCUGGCAGAGUAGGUUCCUGGACGUUUCUUGAAUGAGUGAGCAGAUACAAGGUGCCUUGAGAUUUUCUAGGUUUUCGUGAAGAGUCCCUAUUUUUCCUUCUGGGCUUUCACAGCGUCUCCAGAACCAGGGUGUGGUGGUUAAGAGCUGAACUUUGGGGUCAGUGGGGUGUAGACGGGCCCUGCCAUGGGUCUGGGGAGAUUAAAGUGCCUGAGAUGACCCCUGGCUCGUAGUAAUAAUCACACACACGUUAACCAUUAAGUAUGGUCACCAUCAUCCAUCUGGUUGGAUAAAAUUCCCUUUUCAGAGUCUGAGAGGGAUCUCUCCUGACCUCUGUGCUCCCCUGCAGCACCCCCCCCCCCCCAUUUCCUCUCUUCCUCAGAUUUCAUGGUUAUCAAUCUGUGCGCACACCAGAACCAGCUGUGCUCAGGCUGUACCCGAGACAAACUAGAUGGCACUCCUUGGGGUUGGCCAUAGGUACCAGCAUUUUCCAGGCCCCUCCAGUAGAGAAACACUGUCCGAGGGCCUCAAUGUGUUCUGCAGAAGGGAGUGUUGCUCUGGCCCUUUUCCAGAUUGUUUACUGGGCAGGUGUCCAGUGACAUUGGACUCUGCCCGCCCUCCCUCAGCGGGCUGCCUGCCCGUCCACCUUCGGUCCCUCAGGCUUUGAGGAAGUCUGGACUUAACCAGUGCAUUCCUCUGGGGCAGGGUGUUUUCCUGGGCUUGCUUGGCAGGAGGAAGUUUGCACCCACAAGGCUUCGGGGUGUGGCACAUCCUGGCUCACCAGGAGUGACCCAGCAAGUAUGCCGUCCCCAGGACAGGCUCUCCACCUGGUUGGGAAUGUGUCCCCUUGGGAGAGGUUUCAGAUAGAUUCCUGGACUCUCCUCCCCCACAUACACACUGAACCCAAAGGGUCUGAGUUGGGGACAGGGUAUCUGAAAGAAUACCUAAAACGGAUCCUAAGUCCUGCCACCUCUGUUGACUUUUAAAAAAUUACAUUGCUAGUACGUGCACCUGGGGGGAGAUUGUACAGAAAGGUCCUGGGUGAAGAGUUGUCCUCUCCGGAGCCGUCUCCCUGGCACUAACCUGUGCACGUGUGGCCUGGAGCUGAGUGGGGCCCGGGGCCGAGGUUGACAGGACAGGGAAGAGCCUGGGCCUCCAGUGUGUGGGCCAUUGUGUCAUCUAAACCUGGAACCCUGUCACAGACACGUGUCAUGAGGACCAAUCCCAGGAUAUCAGGGCGGAUCUGUCCCUACCACCCCCCUCCCCCAAGUCUCCCUAUCUCGUCUAGAGGUGCUGGGUAUACCUUAUAAACAUUGCUGUGUAUGUGCACACAUACAGGCAUACAGAAGGGGGUCAAAGCCACUCCAGUCUGCACUUGUGUUUCCCGAAGUGGCCCUUCCCAGCCUGUGUAUCUUGUACUGUGCACUUGGGGAAGGGCUGGAGACACCUGGGUGCUUGCCCACACAUCCACUCUUCUGUCCAUUUACCAGGUGAGAAGCUGAGACUUCAGUGACUGGCUUUGUGGCCACCGCCCUUGUGCUGUUGCCACUGCUGGGGGAGCCUAGGGCCUCGUGGUCAUGGUGUCACCUGUCUUGGCAAGUUCUUUAGCCACCCUGCUUCAGUUUCCCCAUCCAUAAGGGGGGUUGUGAGGAUGAAAUGAGGUAAUGCCUAAACCUAGAGGAUCCCUGGCAUGUGGUGAGCCCAGAGGUCUUAAUCCUGGCAAUAUGUCUUGGCUGUGAGACCGUACGUGCUCCAUUUCUCUACGGGGGAGCUGAUGAGGUCCUGAGGCUGGUAAGUGGUGGGUUGGAAGUUGCCCUCAGAGAGAGGAGAGCGCUCUGGGGGGAGGACCAGAGUGCGUUGAGGUCAAUGGACUGUUUAGGUGCCGAGUGUCACCUAAACAGGAAGGGUUUAGGUGACACUCCCGGGUUCGGCAUGGACCCGCCUCAAAAGGCAGGAACUGUUCCCAGCAGUGCCCUCAACUGGCCCACAACACAAGCAGGUGGGUUCCUGCGGAGCUGCCUGGGACCCAACAGCCCAGAGAUCAAGAUCAAGUUGACUCGGCUUCCUGGAACAGGCGGCUUCUGUCCACUGCGUGGGCUUCCCUCCAGCUGUGGAAGCCAGAGCGCCAACAGAUGAACCCAGCAUGGGUAACUGGCCGGGGAGGUCGGUGGCCCCAGUGCUUGUGUGCAGUCCUCCCGGCCCAGCCAGCGGGGAGGCCCCAUGAAGGCAGGAUGGGGGAGUGGGGGUCAGUUUGCAGUCCCCCAGCGUGGAACUCGCCCUGUCUGAGGCCGGGGGGACCAAGCUUGGGGCACAGGUGCUGUCACCCUUGCUGGCAUUCUCGGUGCCAUCAGUGAGGAUUUCCCAUUUUCCUUCCCUGGGAAGGAUCUGGCAGUGUCUGGGGUCCACCCCACUGGAACCUUCUCCUGUAGAGGUGUCUCCCUCCUUCUAACGUUUGCUCCUGCUGCAAGGUUUAUGAAGACUGGAAGUCUUCGGAAUUCUCUACGUGUGCCCCUGGGAUGUUUUUCUGCCCCCUUUAUGAAAAGGCUGUCCCCUUAUUUUCUAGUUCAUCUUCCUUAUCCUCUUGCAGGAGAGCCCAUCUGACCCUCUCUGGCUCUUGCAUUGUUCUCUGGUCUCUCAUUUAUUCCUGGAAGGUUUAUUUACUGGUCUGCUUUUGUUUGGGGUCUGCCUUUCCUGAAGGUUGAGUGUGUUCCUUCUAGCUUAUCUCCGCUCCUGUCUCCAAGUAGACCACCAGUUAAGUAGUGGCUGAAGGGAUGAGGGCAUCUCCACUGAGACGGGAAGGGAGUGGCCAAACCAGGUCAAACCACAUCCCAACCCCGGGUCUGCCUGGCUUCCGACCUACCUAGAAGGCACUUACACAUUUCUUGUUGAACUGGCACUCAGGUUCCAAUUCACGAGGAUUAGGGGCACCUGGGUGGCUCAGUCAGUCGAGCACCUGACUUCAACAUGAGAUCAUGGUCUCGAGGUUUGUGGGUUCGAGCCCUGCUUCGGGCUCUGUGCUGACAGCCUGAAGCCUACUUCGGAUUCUGUGUCUCCCUGUCUCUCUGCGCCUUCCCAGCUUGCGCUCUAUGUCUCUGUCUCUAUCAAAGAUAAACAUUAAAAAAAAAUUCAAAUUCUCGAGGACUGGGGAGUGUGGGGUGGUGUAGGACUUGGGCAGGUGAUCUUCACCCGAGCCUCAGUUUGCUCUUCUGGAAAGUAGGGAUGCCCAUGUAAAUGAUUGAGCUCUGUCUUAGUAUGUGUGCAACAACCCCUGCUGUUGGGGGUCCGGCCAGCAACCAAAAAGAGAUGCCUGAGUGAUCUGCCUGACCCUGGUCAACUCCGAUGAACUUGGGUGGAGUGUGAGAUCUUGUGUCAGCUGCACCCCAGCCAGCCAAGCAGUAUGAGCAGAUGCUGAAAUCUCGUCACACUUCCUGCUGAGCCAAGCACCCCAACGAUGCCUGACCCCAACAGGGGGACCUCCGAGGUCGCCCUUGAGCGGCAGCUCCCUACGGCUGGGAGCCCUGCAUUUUCCUGCGGUGACUCAUUUCCUGUUUGGGCCUGGAAUGCGGAAGACUGUGAAACAGCUCAGCGAGCUCCAUGGAAACUGCUGGGCCCGCCCACCAGAGCCUUAAAGGGGCAGUCCUCCCAGGGCAGGACUGGGUGGAGGUGAGGGUGGGUGGGGGCCCUGGUGGUGAGCGGGGUGUCGAUGAAGUUAGGAUUUGAACCCACGGGGUCUGCGGCCAGAUCCCACAGCCCUCCCCUUUCCCCCUAAGGAGCCCCCCCGCUCCCAACCCCCCUUCUCUGAUGCCCAGUCCAGUUGCUGAUCUGGUUUGGAAGGACCCUCACUGCCAAGACCUCACUGAAUAAUUUGGUCAAGCUGGCUGCCUGUCUUGCCCUGUAUCCUCUCCUCUUAAGUUGAGUGACAGUAUCCCAGGCUGCCGGUGAAAAUUCCAGGGGAUCCUGUUUGUUGGGGGUGGCACACACUCAGGACGUUGAUGGGGACAGGUGAGUGAAUCUGGCAACCCUGAGACCCCAGUGAACUGCAGAGUGCACUUCCCACCAAGGACACCCAGUUCAUGUGUUUAAACACCGACCCUGCCUUUCCAUCCGAGCCCCUGUGGAUGAGGCUGUCCUUGGGGCAGGACCCGAGGGAAGCAAACGGGUGGAUGCUUUUCUAGGCUCCUUCAGAAACAGCUGCCCAGUUCUCUGGGCCUCCGCUUGUCCACCUGUACAUGGCCCCUCUCACCAGCCCUGGAUUUGGGGUCCAGCGUGCUGAGAAAUCUGAACUGUUACUUGCAGAUACUUGUUCUCAGGCUUUAGACCCUGCUUCCUGUACCUCUAACUCCCUCGCGUUCCCAGGCUGUGCCACAUGGAGUGCUGGUGGUGCCCUUGGCCUGGCCUUCAGGGCUCUGCCUCAAGAGUCCCUUCCUGGGACGCCGUGAUGGCUGUAGUUCUUCCUUUAGCCUUUGGCAGAAGGCGAACCCCGGCUGUGGACAAAGCAGGCUCUGGCUUCUCAGUGUGGAACAAGCUGGGGACCAGACAGAUAGAAUCAAGUCUGCGAGUCCUGGAAGAAUUGAUGUGAUGGCACAUGAGAGGGGCCAGGCGUCCUGAUAAGCGCAUAUCUCAACUUCCUCUUGGGUGCUUUAUGUGCAAAUCCCAUGGUGUGAUGAUGGCAUGUGUGUGUGCCUGUCCUGCCAGUGGAGAAGCUGGGCUCAGAGAGGUUGUGUGACUUGUGUGGGAGAGGCCCAGUGGUGACUCCACUGUGGGAUUGUGUUUCUCUGAAGUCUGGACUCUCCUCUCCUGUGUGACUUUCCCUUACCCGAAAAAGGCACAGUCCUUAUUUCCCUGGAACUUGUGAUCCAGCAGGCAGCAUGACAUUGGCAUCAUUUCACGCGUUUAACUUUGCUUUUUAUUCGCGCCAGUUAAAUGGUAUUUAGUGGUCUCGGCGUAGAGAGAGAACAUCGCCUCUUCUCCCAUGCAAUCAUGCUCUUUAUUACAAGAAUGGGAUUCUUUAUUAAAGCGCCUGGUUUAGAAUAUUAAAGCCCAUUAUUUAAGGAAAUGGAGCACCAUAGAAGGACUAAAAAUAAUGCUGAUGUACAGUCUCUGGACGUAGGCUGUCUGGAUUUGAAUCCACUGGCGAGCUGUGUGACCUUGAGGAGACCUGCUUGACUUUUCUGGGUCUCCGUUUCGUCAUCUGUAAGUGGUGGGGAAUGAUAGCUUUUAUUUAAGUUGCUGUGAGGCUUACAUGAGUUUAAUGACUUAAUAUUUAAACACUCUUUAGAAUGGCACUUGCCAUCUAGUUAGUACAGACCUUGACCCAGAGCAGAGCUAAUGGCCUCCUUUGUCCCCCCGAGUCCCAAUCCUAGUUCUUUUGCAGAGGCAACCUCUGAUACAAUUUUGGUAGUUUUUUUUUCUAGGCCAGGAGUCCACAAACUACAGCCUGAGGGCCAUGUCCAGCCCACUGCCUGGUUUUGCCAAGUUUUAUUUACACCUGUUCACAUUGUCGUCUUCUUAGGUGACAGAUACCUUUAUGGUUCACAGAGACAACAGUAUUGACGAUCUAGUCCUUUACAGAGAGUGUUUGCUGCCUUCUCUUCUGGAGCAUUUCUUAUGAUUUAAAAAAUAGAUGGACUGGGGCGCCUCGGUGGCUCAGUCGGUUGAGCAUCCAACUCUUGACUUUGGCUCAGGUCAUGAUCUCAUGAUUCAUGAGAUGGAGCCCCAUGUCGGGCUUUGUGCUGACAGCACAGGGCCUGCUUGGGAUUCUCUCCCUUUCUCUCUGCCCCUCUCCUGUGCGCUCUGUCUCUCUCAAAUAAAUAAACAUGGGGCACCUGGGCGGCUCAGUAGGUUAAGUGUCCAACUUCAGCUCAGGUCAUGAUCUCGCCAUUCCCAAGACAGCUGGAGGAGCCUGCUUCGAAUUCUGUGUCUCCCUCUCUCUCUGCCCCUCCCCCACUCCUGCUCUGUCUCUCUC